UUUCGGUUCACCGCCAAUCACGUUUUUGGAGCAAAUUUCAAAAUUUAAAUUUAAAUUUUGUUUUCAAAAUCGAUAAAGUAAAGAAAAGAAAACAUGUCUUUGUUUGUCAAUUUUCUUCAUCAAUGGCCAGCAUAUUGUAAACAUCAAGUUGUUAAUAAUAUUGUCAAAGAAUGGAAAAAAUUUGCAUCAAAAAUUAUGCCAACAAAAAUAUUUUCCGCUCAAACAGCGUCCACAAUCGAUUUCGAUUCUAAUCCAGAUCAAUUGAUUAAAAGUGCAUUGGAUUUUUAUGCCACAAAUUUAAGCCAAUGGAUUAGUCAACAAUCAUCAUUUGGUAUCAUUUAUCAAUAUCCCUGUAAAUCUCAACAUGAUGAUCAUUAUUUGGAUUCGAAACUUGAUCAAAAUCUUUCAAUGGUUUUAUUUUGUCCAAAAACUGAAACCCUUAAAAUACAACAAAUGCUUACUCGGACGCGUUUUCAUUGGUAUCGAAAGCUAUCAAAAUCACCAAUGAAAUCAGGAUUCGAAUCCAAAUUGAAUGAAAAUAUAUUUGAAAUUGGUUAUGAACCUAAACAAUUAUCGAAAUCGAUCCUGUUGGAUCGAAUAGAAUUCAAUUUUAAUUACAAUGAUCAACAACGAUUGAAUAAUAUGGAUAUUAUUUUCUGUAAUAGUAAUUUAGGAAAUUGUUUACUUGCAUUUCUUGAUGAUUGUUUUACACCAACCACGAUCAAUGAUCAUGAUAAAAAGGUGGUGAUGAAAUUAAAUCCCCUAUUGGUACCAUUUAAAUUAGCUAUAAAUAUUGAUUCAAUGGGAUGUAAAGCAAUUGGUCAGCGCAAAUUGUUAGAAGUUGCCCAACAUCUUAUCGAUCUUUUGGAAGAACAUUCCGAAACAAUAACAAUAUUUCCAUUCGCAUCGGAUAAUCCGAUUACAAUCGAUCAAUGCGAUCGAUUAGCCGUAAAAUAUUGUAUCAUAUUAAAAGAAGAAACGCUGCGCAAUGGAAUUAUUUAUCUACGUAAUCGUGAUACUGGAAUUUCGGAACAAGUACAUAUUUCAAAUCUACUGAAAACAAUUUUAUUUUAUCUUCAACCAGACAAAUUAAUUACAUAUAAAGAUUGAUAUUUGAGCAAUUGAGAAAAAACUUGAUUA